AAAUGGUGGCUGCAGAGGACUUGGAUAAGUGCUCUUCUUGUUUCAAGGUGACAAAAUACUGUUGCCUAAGGUGCCAUUAUCCUUUCUGCAACAACUGCUCUGUUUUUGAAGGUGAUGAGGAUUGCCCAGGCUGGGUCAUGAGAAUGUCAGUUGCCUACUGCCAUGUACAUUUCCAAUUAUGCAGCAACAGUAACAAAUUCUUGUGGCAUUUUGGACAGUUAAUCUACAACUUCUUCCAAAAGAUGUGUGAGGAAGACAUUGACAAUAGCUCAGAAGAGUUCUACUACCUUGCACCAUUCACUAUUAAAAUGUCCACUGGAAUCAAAUGCUUUCAGGAUGAAAGAGAAUUUGGAGACUCAUUUUAUCAGCUUUUCCCUGUAGUGAAAACCAGGGAUUCAUGCCAACCAGAGCGUGCAGCUGAACACUCAUGUUCAAAUAGGGAUUUGCAUGAUGAUACCACUUCCUCUACAGGGCAGGAAACAGAUCAGGCUGAGACAGACACUGGCAAAAGCACAAAAAUGUUUUUUCCUAUUGAGACAAGUCUUCUUUCUUGCAUAUUUGGGUUAUUGGUCAAAUCAAGCUUGUUUGGCUCAAGCCCACCUGGGGGGUACUUCAUCAGAAUGUGGCAGCCAUCUAUGGCUUCCCAAUAA